AUGGAACGAUAUAAUUAUCGAUAUAAUCAUUUGAGAAAUGGAGCCAGCAUACGACCAUAUGUACAAGCAACAACCACGAACAUGAUUAAGGACGAUUUUACAAAAAGUCUUCACGAAUUACGGGCAUUUGAGCCGAUUCCUACUAACGACAACCACGAACGCUACAGAGAAUAUAAGUCUUUUCUUCCGAUUAAACCAUUAUCAACAUUUAAUUUAACUUCUAUCAAACACCGUAACGAGUCUAAGGAGCAACUCACACGACUCGAUAAUACAGAUGAUCGUCCUGUGUUGAGACGCAAAAGAUUUACUCGAAGACAGCGAAAAUCAGUGACUAUUGAGCCAGAAACUGGCUUGAUCUUAGCUGCGGGACCACCAUCUUCUAGUGACGAAGACGAAAGUUCUCGCAUUAUUCGCAAAAAAUCUCCGUUACGACAACAGCCUAAAUCUAUUUCUGCCUCAACGUUUGAGCUUCAUCUCAAUCAAGCUUGUGAUAUCAAGAAUUCACCUUUAUCUAAUACUUCAUUUGCUGCAAAAUCUGCACCUCGUGGACCGUCAGCUCGAAGAGCUGGCCGACGGUUAGGCAAGCUUCAAUACAAGAACGCUGCUUCAACCAAUAACUUGGACGAAAUCAGUGAAGCUCCAUUCUCUUUAAAGCCAGAAAAGCGAUCAAUGAGUGUACGUGAUCUCAAUGGAGAAGAAUGCGAUUUCUCUAAUCGUGAUUCUGUAGUCAAAUGGACAUCUCAAAUCUUGGCCGAGUUAAACUCAUUACCUUCUAGCUGUAUUGAUUUAACACAAGAAUCAUUAGUAAAUAAUGAUCGAAAGGAUAGGAAAUGGUCGACGCUUCAAUCACCGGCUGAUCCUCCACCUAUUCCACCACAUCUAUCAUUGAAUGCCCGUAUGACACAAUCUACAUUCAUACCGUUUGCUGAUGAUUCGUGUACCUGGCAUGAAGCUGGCAUGACAUCAUCAGUUCAUUCGGAUUGGAAGCCAGCCCAUAAUGGAUCACGACGUCUGUCGUCGAUAUCGAAUGUUGUCACACCCAUCUUGGAAGAUCCUAAGCUUGGAUGGAAUACCAAUGACUUUACGCAUUCCACGCCUGAAAUAAUGUCAAUGGAAGCACGAUUUCCUUCAUCAUUACAAGAUUUGCGUACGAUGAUUCAAGAUGAUUCAGAUGAUUCCAGAAGAGAUCGCGAGGACAGUCUCAACACAAGUACAUUAGUGGGAUCGUCAUCGGAUUCCGAUACCGGCACUCCAUUAGCUUUAUCACCAGUUCCAAUGGAUAUAGUCGAUUUCCCCAUGUUGUCUGAAAAGAUAUCCUCAACGACUGGUACUUCAUCUCCAUUGGAACGACGUUCUAUUGGAGUUCAAGGACCGGAAACUCCUCUGUUCUAUUGUAGAGUAUCCACCGAUAUCGAUAGUCCAAUGACAAAAUCAGCAUUUGCUCCUCUGCAAAUUGUUCUAUCGGAUGAGGCAACUAAUGAAAAACACAUAUUAUCCACUGGAAGCUUACCACUUCCAAACAAACAGCCAGCUGCACCUGAAGAGCACGUAGUAGCUGAAGAACAAUCAAAAGCGUCAGAUAAGUCAGUGGAAGAAGCUGCUGUAACGGAUGCUCCAGCUAUUCGUAUGAGGCAAACGAUUCCUAGUGCAAAUCGAUACGAAUCAGUUUUAUUGAAAAACAUAGAACGUCUAAGCAAGACAGCAGUUGAAAAGAACAAUCCACGAUACAGCCAAAUAUCAAACAUCAUGAAUAUGGAAGACAACUUUGGCAGUGAGGAAACGUUGAACAAAUGGAAGAAGCGGGCGGAAUGUCGAUCAAGAAUUGACAUAAGCAAUGCUGCCGCUAAUGAGGUGCCAUCAGUAGAUCGUGUCAUAGCUUCACUGAUACGAACAGUCGAAGAAACACGGUUUACAGCUCCAGAUCGUCCACAAAGUCUUGGUAUAGAUCAGUUAAAGCCACAGGACGCUACAACUCAAACAUCUCCGUAUUCCAUUUCACGUUCAUCAUCUUUCGAUUGGAUAAACGAUAUGUCAGAAGGUCGCUUACGAGACUUGAAUACUCCAGUCUGUACGCCAAAAACUGAUGCAUCUGUAUCUGCAAACUAUAUAUCAAAGAACGUAGAAUCGUCAUCAGAAACAGAUGAUGCUGAUCGUGAAGUAGCUGAGGUUACUCGAAACGCCAUUCUCUGUGAUCAAAUCGUUGCACCGAUUGUUCCACAGAAGCGAUCAGCUUCUGCUGAAAGAGCUAUUAAAAACAAAAAGCUUUUUGAUGAGAUGGAGGAGAGCAUUGCCAUGUUAUUACAAUACGGGGAAGAGUAUAAACCAAAACCUGUCCCUCGUAAGAAUAUCUCAAAGGAUGUUGAGCCUCGUCGGAGAGCAACACAAGAAAUACGUCGACCAGUUCCUCAAUUCCCAAUGUCUGAGAGUAUUUAUGAUAAUAUGUGUAAUAAGCCUAGAUUAGCAGAAAAAGACUCUCCGAUUGUAUCCAAGAGAGAGAAUGUUGUUAAAGCUACAGUCGUCACUGCUGCAAAAGCAUCGAUGGAAGACUUGGGUGAUUCUAAGGAUGAUGACAGCCUAGCUAUACCCAUGUCAGCUCAACGAGCUGGUAGUUGUGAGCUUCUGAACAAGAUUCCGGAGUCACCAUCUGCCGGAUUGAGGGAUAAGCUGAAAUUAGCAGAAAAAGAAGCUAUUGAAGUGUGUCAGUGGCUGAUUCAAGCAGGAUUUCCACAAUACGCUAAUCAGUACAAAGAAGGCUUAGUCCCUAUCGAUUUGAAUUCAGUGAAGAAGGAUCACGAAUUCCUUGAGCCAGACAGUCUUAAAGCCUUAUUCCGUCGUUUGGAUACAUUGAAUCGAUGUGCCAUAAUGCGUAUUGAUAACGUCGUUCUUAGACGCAGGAACGAUAAUUACGCCUAUGAUAUGUACAGCUGUGAUGAAGAUGAUAAUGUUGCCCUAUCGGGAAAUUGGCAGUAUCAGCGAAACUCCCACACCUGGUCUCGUGUAGCCAAUGAACCCAUGUACGGAGCAGUAGGACGAGUUGUCUCAACUUCCCAAUCAACAGCGCAGCAGAAUGGGUAUAGGGAUCCCUAUGUCGUCAAAUCAAAUCGUCAUUCUCCUUAUGAUGAAAGAUCAGAUCAUCAUCAAGUUCGUAUGGAUCGUUAUGAUCAACAGCAUCAGAAUGAACAACUUUCUACUUCCGAUUUGCCAGCUUCGAAGCUAUCGCGAUCACAGAGUGAAAGAAUAAAGGAUACAGCAAGAGCUUUUAUGAAACGAAUGAAUCCAAGAUCUGGUAGUAGAAGACGAAGAGAAUCUCGCACACGCGAUGCUUCUCAGUUGAAGAUAUCAGAGCCAGUUCUGUUGAGUUAUGACUCGGCUAGUCCAGAAUGUAUGCAAAUGAUGAAUAGGGUACAGAGACCUAACAUGAUGCAAGAACGAGGUCGUUCAUUAGCUGAUCGGCCUUCGCGAUCGAAUACUAAUCGUCGUCAAGGAGUUCUGCUUCUCACACCAACAUCUCCUGAAUCCUCACCCAAUGAUGAUUUAAUACGCGGAAUGAGACAUCGUGAUCGAAGUAUGCCUCCGAGAGCCUAUUACGAUAGCCAAGCAUCUUAUGCCAACCAUACUGGAUACGGAUAUGAUAGAUCGAGAAGAGAUCGAAGUAUCGUUGAUGAUUAUCUGUAUCAAGACAGCCCUAUCACAUCAGCAAGAUCUCGUGCUACUUACCUACGUCAGCCGUAUUUGGAUACGAGCUUCAGUCCUCUGUAUGGUAGUGGAGCAUCUUCUCCCAUCUAUAGCAGCCCAUAUAGCAGUCGUUCAUUUGCAACCCCACCUUCUAGAUCCAGACAGCAAUUGAAUAUACAAGCUGAUGGCUAUUUUGUGCAUGGAUCUUCAUUUGAGAUUUCACCCGAUACCACUACCACUAGGAAAACUCGACCAUUCACUAGCUCUCCAUCUACAUCAGGAACCGUAUUAGCUCCUCAACUUCGUGUUGAUACCCUUCGUAAUAAAAGUCAGUCAAGCCUAGAGAACACUGAUGAAGAACAGUGUGGUGUAGCUCCUAGCAAUCAAAACCGUCGCGAUUCGGGUGUUGGAUCAAGCUUAUCCAGAUCUCCAAGCGGUCCUUCAUCACAACGUAUUCGGCAAUCAGUGUUGUCGUAUUAUCAAACUUUGACUUCUUCUUUAACAAGCAGUAGUAACAGCUCUUCCAUGGGUUCUUGGAAUGGAACAGCAACCAAGCGACGUAUUACAACAUCUGAUCGAAUCAUGACUUCUUCCUUAACAUCAUGUUCUGGAGAAGACAUUUUCUUUUCGGAUGAACAGCUCCUGACAACAAUUGAUGGUUUGAGCUGCUUUGACCUGACAAAAAUGAGAAAAUUGGCUUUCUUACGAAUGACUGCCAUUCUGGAAAAGUAUAUGGGUGUAACUAAUGCCAUCAAGUUCGAGCCAUACAAUGCCUCUAGUGGAAGUUCCAAUGUUGGCAGCGGAACUCACAAAAAUAACUGGACUGUCCAAAAGCUGAUAAAGAAGAUUAAGCAGAUGGACACUAAGACAGGGAAGGAAACAGAAGAAAGCACCGUCUUCGGCCAAUCAUUAGAAGUUAUCUAUCGCCGUUCUGGUCGUUGUUUACCACGAACAAUCCUUGAAAUUCUGAGGUAUCUUCGACAGAUGGCUCCAGAUACUGUGGGAAUGUUCCGUAAGAACGGAGUGAAGUCUCGUAUCAAUGAACUACGAGCUGUAUGUGAUCGUGAUGCUGAAACAGAUGUCUUUGUGGAGAGUCAACGAUUAGAUGCAGGACAAGUUCAUGAUGUAGCCGACCUUUUGAAGCAAUACUUACGAGAAUUGCCAAAUCCUUUGAUGACUUCCCGAUUGUCAGAGGUCUUCGCUGGAAUCUUCCUUCAUGUGCCUGAUAAUGAAAGUAUCCGAUUAUCUGCUUUACAAUUCGCCAUUCUGCUCUUACCUGAUGAAAACCGUGAAGCCCUUCAGACUUUACUAUUGUUCUUGGCUGAUGUAGCGAAAUACUCUGCUGUCAACAGCAUGCCAGCUCAGAACUUAUCUGUAUGCUUCACACCAUCUCUAUUUCAUCUAAGUGCAUCUCGUCUGGAUAAAAUUUCUGCCAACAGGCGUCAUAAAACAAUCGGAUCAGCAUAUGGAAUGCCAACUGAACGUGAAAUGAAAGAAACUCGAGCGGCUCAGAUGUGUUUGACAUUCAUGAUUCAACAUGUUCGCUCUAUUUUCCUCGUCCCAGAAACUGUUAAUGUCGAUAGAAAGGAAAGUGAAGAAGAUGCCCCAUUACUCAAAGAUCUUGGCCCUCAUGGACCCAGAGCUUAUCUGAUGGAGAGAGUUACUGAUUUGAUCCAGGAAAAUGCUGAGAGAUGGAAAGGCUGGAUAGUUGAAGGCCAUUUGGAUGGAGUUGAAAUCAGUUCUCGUAAACCAACAGAUGAUCAACCAUUGCGACCUAUUCGCGUCUGGGUUGAUGUACCAGCUCCUCCUAAAGAAGUUAUGCAUCGAAUUUUACGUGAAAGAUCAGUAUGGGAUGUUGAUGUGAUUAACUGGAGAGUAAUCGAUACUGUGUACCCUCCAGAUACUGAUGUUCACCAAUACGUGUUGAACGACACUAUUGGACAUCCUACUAGAGAUUGUUAUGUAGUCAGACAUCAUCGUAUGGACAUGCCAGAGUUACCGGGUGCUUGUGCUGUUGCCGAGAGAUCAAUCCAGUGUGGUGAAACUCAACUGUUGGGCGGUGUCAGUGCAACCGUUUUCGAUAUUCGUUUCCUCAUCGAACCCAAAAGUGGAUAUUCUCGAGUCACCUAUCUUGCACGCGUAGAUCUAAAGGGACGCAGCUCUACUUGGUACAACCGAGUCUAUGGAAACGUUUUAGCUCGUCAAAUGGCACGUCUCCGGGAAUCUUUCCGCAAAACGGACGAAUAUGGUCCAGAAACUAAAGUCUAA